AGUCACAUCCCUCAGCGAUCACGCCGUUCUUCUGGACCCGAAUUAGCUCCAAGAGCACCGGAGGUUGUUGCGACGCCGAUUGUGAUAAACCCCCACGAAGACGCCGGUUCUCUUCGUCUCAGAGCCAGAAAUGAAGGGAGUCUCAUGGAAGAACAUUUCAAGCAGAGCCAAGAAGCGUUCGCUCGUGACGAGCGAGCGCUCGCUAAACAGCUUUCCCUGAAGGGUCAGGAGCACAAAGCCAACAUGGUGCGCUUAGAUAAGGUAGCCAGCACGAAGAUAUUUCAAGAGAAUAAUCAAGGACUCAUGCCCGACACAGUUGAUCUUCAUGGACUCUUUGUCCCAGAAGCCAAGAUAUACUUCGGCAACGCUGUUCGGGGGGCUCGGGACUGUGGAGAAUUGUCACUUCAUGUGAUCGUAGGAAGGGGAAAUCACUCCGAAAAUAACAUCGCCAGGAUCAAACCUGCAAUCCAAGAAUAUGGGCGAAGUUUGGGUCUGGACGUUGGAGUGGAUCCUUUCAAUAAUGGUUGUCUUGUUGUGAGUCUUGAUCCCAGCUAACUUGAACGGCAAUUUUUUGCGAUCCCUAUGUACCCACACGCGUAUGUGCCUUUUUGUGCGUUACCAUUCCCCUUUUCAUACUCGAGUGUGUACGAUACUAUAAGAAGUGUUUUGGUGUAGUGUAUAAUGAUGUAGUGAGGUGCAAGCGCGGUAGUCUGAAAGUUUCAAUUUACUGAUCGACCGGAUCGGAACGGGACUAGG